AUGCCCUAUAAAUACAGCGCUACCCAAGCACACGAAGACCCCAAGAAACCCAGCCCUCUCCUCCUCCUCAUCACGCACCGUCAAAAAUCAAUACAGCGCUCCCAAAGCAAGCACACACAGACCCAAGAAACCUCCUCCUCCUCGUCACACACCGUCAGAUCGUCAAGAAAGCAUCAAUAA